AUGUCGGCAAUGGCCACCAUGACGCCUACCUCGCUUUGGAUGACAUUUGAUAUUAUCACAACCAUUGAAAUUAUGGUUGGCUUGGUGGUGAACGCGUUUAUUGUCUCAGUGAUGGUCAUCGACUUCUACGCAGGUAGAAGGCUGAAGCCCUGUGAUAAGAUCCUGGUGGGCCUUGGUCUCUCCAGAAGCAUCUUGGAUGGCAUGAUCCUAUAUAGAACCUUUAACCGAAUCUUUAGCUUUAGUGUUUGCUCAAAAUACUUUUGGAUUUUUCAGAGCUUUCAGUUAUUUUGUGACUUUUCUAGCCUGUGGCUCGCGAUGUUGCUGAGCCUUUUUUACUACGUGAAAACCACCAUCUUCACGAAUCCCAUCCUUCUCCGGUUUAAACUAAGGAUGCCAGACAUUAUCCUGCAUGCGAUUGCAGCAUCCUUAUUGAUUUCUCUUAUGUCGGGGUUGCUGUUCGCUUGGACCGGUCGAUAUAAUUCAGAUAUACUAUUUUUUGUCCAAGAUCCACAAAAAAACAGAAGUUAUGAAAUAAACCCAACAUCCACGGUUCCGGCAUUCUUCUUUGGGCAUUUUGUUCCCUUUAUAAUAACUUCCAUUACAACCUCCCUUUUAAUUGGAAAUAUUACCGUUCACGUGAAACGCAUUAGAAGCACCAUUACGAGCUUCAGCACCCCCAGAGUCGGUGCCCAUUUAUCCGCCAUUCGGUCUGUUUGUUUACUUCAUCUCAUCACCGUUGUUAAUUUGAUUGCUACCAUUGUUUUCCGAUUUUUCCACGGCCACCCUAUCGCGAGUUAUAUUAGCAGCUGCAUCGUUAAUUUGUAUCCGACUUUACAUUCUGCGGUUCUUAUUUUUGGAAAUACAAAACUCAGGAGAGCAAUGCUCGAAAUCCUCCAUCAUGCCAAGACGCUCUGCGGAGAACAUGCCACCAAACCCAACCUCAACGGAAGGACAGUUUCCUAG